CAUACGUGUAUUUUCGCGUACGCAUGCCUUUGUAUUGAUUUACACUACCUUCCCGUUUCACUUUUUUCACCAUGGAUAAGGUUCGUGAGCGCAUUGAGAAGCUUAAGCUCGACGUCGACGACGCCGUUGAGCGCGCCGAGAUUGCCGAGGAGAAGUACCGCGAGGCCACCGAGAAGGUCCGCACUCUCGAGAACGAGAACAAGGUCCUCCUGAGCAAGAUUGCUCUCCUUGAGCAGGACCUCGACCGCGCCGAGGAGCGCAUCCACGACAUGAACGAGACCAUCGGCAAGAACGACGACGACAAGCGCGCCAACUCCGGUCUCCUCAACAAGAUCUCCCUCCUCGAGCGCGACCUCGAGACCGCCGAGGACAACCUCCGCGACAAGACCGAGCAGUUCCAGGCUGCCGAGCACCGCGCCGACGAGAACGAGCGCCGCCUGCGCAUCCUUGAUGGCGAGCGCGAGGCUCUCGAGCGUGAGCUCGACCAGAAGAUCGAGGAGAACGCCAAGCUCAAGGCCGAGCUCAAGGAGUUCAACGACAGCCUCCUCCUCCUCUAAGCGCCCACGCUUUCCCCUCCUCUCUCUCUCUCUCUCCCUCUCUCCUCCCGCCAUGGGGCGUGUAUGUAUGUGCUUGAAAGAGACAGACGUGACCAGGCUCUGAGUCUGCGAGAGUGUUCGGUGUGCGGUCUUUGGGGUUGAUCUCCUCCCCUCACUGCUCUCUUCCUUUCCGCCUCGUCCUCUUUUCCUCUCUCUUGCCCCCCCCCCUCGGAUGGCACAUGCUUCCUCCCCACACCCGACAGAGAAGUAGAGAGAGAGAGAGCCCACAGCUCGCCGCACUCCUCUCCAUGCCCGCGCGCGCCCGUGACGACACAUGUGCAGACAUUGAGACAGAGAGGAGGCCUGGCCUCGCGCGCGCACAUGUCUUGCUCGCGUGUGCCUUCCUCCUGUUCGUCUGCCCUCUUCUCUCCAUGUGUUCUGCGUCCGUGCGUGUGGGUGUGCUGCUGCGUGCGGUGUGGCCGUGUGUGUGUAUGUAUGGUUCACUGCCACGCGCCCGGGGUUCUCUCGCGCGUGUUUUCUCUUUUGUCCUUUUCCCCGACCCACAUCCCUCCUCUCCCUCCCCUCCUCCCCUCCCACACAACAUCCUCCCUCCAAAAAAUGAGACCUUCUUCUCUCCAGAUCCUCUCUCUCUCUCCCCUUAGUCGUCACACGCCCGCGCGUCGUUCCUUCCUGGCCCUGGGGAAAGGGGGAGUGAGUAUGUGUGUGUGUGUGUGUGAGUAUGUGUCAGGAGCGAUGUAUUCUCACUUUGUGGUUGUGCGGGGCCGCGCGCGCCUGUGCAGCAGCACGCGCGCGCGCUUCCUCCCCCUUGUCGUCCUCAACACCCCACCAGUUCUUCUCUGGAUGUUGGAUAGCCGGCCUUUAUCUCUCUUGUGUCCCUCUUUCAA